UAAUUUAUCUACCUCUCACUGUCUAGAAAGAAGUCAUGUGAGCUUCUGAGCUGCAGGGACAGAGACAGAGGAGAACGUGUGCAUCAGUGCAGAGUGCUACUGGAGCCCCGGCAGAGCGGGAGGGAGGCAGAGGGAGCGUGAGAGAGAAAAGGCGAAGUGGUAGGAGCUGGAACAGCAGCAAUUGCUGCUGCUACACGUUUCGGCUCGUGCCCGGCAACCAGCUCUGCUGCCAGCACGCGUCUCCGAGGGCACAGGUGCUUCAGGUUCAAAAGUCCUAGAAGGGCGGUGGUACUUUUAGGAGCCAAGCACAGCUGCUUUAUUCUUUUCUUUUCCUGCAAAGAACAUCCGUUUGAGGACUCCGCUCCUUUUCCUGGACUGAAAGAGCUUAAUUGCCUCCUGCUGCCUGCAGACUCCUCCUGGUCUCCCCCUAACCUGUGAGGUCUGUACCCCUAUGGAUGCCCCUGUACAGAUUUUCCGUGAAGAGCUGGACUCCACCUGCUCCCCGGGGCCCUGUCGACCCCCCAGCACCAGUAGCAGCUGGCUCCUCGGCUGGGCAGACUAUGAGAGCAACGCCACUGGGGCCCUUGGGGAUGGCCAGCACAACCACACCAGCAUCUCCCCCGCCAUUCCCAUCAUCAUCACUGCUGUCUACUCGGUGGUCUUCGUUGUUGGAUUGGUGGGAAACUCCCUGGUCAUGUUUGUCAUCGUAAGGUACACAAAGAUGAAGACAGCAACCAAUAUCUACAUUUUCAACCUGGCUAUGGCAGAUGCUCUAGUUACCACAACUAUGCCUUUCCAAAGCACCGAGUACCUGAUGAACUCUUGGCCCUUUGGUGAUGUGCUGUGUAAAAUAGUAAUCUCUAUUGACUAUUAUAACAUGUUUACCAGCAUAUUCACACUGACCAUGAUGAGUGUUGAUCGAUACAUUGCUGUGUGUCACCCUGUGAAGGCUCUGGACUUCCGUACACCUCUCAAAGCAAAGAUAAUCAACAUCUGUAUCUGGCUCUUGUCCUCAUCUGUUGGUAUAUCUGCAAUAGUUCUUGGAGGUACCAAAGUCAGAGAAGAUACUGCUAGCACAGAAUGCUCCUUGCAAUUUCCAGACAAAGAUUACGUGUGGUGGGACCUCUUCAUGAAAAUCUGUGUCUUUGUCUUUGCAUUUGUUAUUCCAGUUCUCAUUAUAAUUGUUUGCUAUAGUCUGAUGAUUCUGCGUCUUAAAAGCGUACGACUCCUCUCGGGGUCUCGAGAGAAAGAUCGAAACCUGCGUCGCAUCACCAGGUUGGUUCUUGUGGUUGUGGCAGUUUUUAUUAUCUGUUGGACUCCUAUUCACAUUUUCGUACUGGUUGAAGCACUAGGGGAUGUGUCCCAUAGUACUGCUGCUGUAUCCAGCUAUUACUUCUGUAUUGCUUUGGGUUACACCAACAGCAGUCUCAAUCCAAUCCUUUACGCAUUUUUGGAUGAAAACUUCAAGAGAUGUUUCAAGGACUUCUGCUUCCCCCUUAAGAUGAAGAUGGACAGGCAGAGCACCAGCAGAGUUAGAAACACUGUGCAGGACCCAGCUUAUAUGAGGGAAGCAUGUGGGACAAACAAACCCGUAUGACUAGUCGUGGAAAUGUCAUCUUACUGUCCUCAAGAGAGAGAGGAGUCCAACGACCUAGGACUGACGCAGAUUACCACUGCAGUUUGAAUUCAACUCAUCCAGACAUACAUUUCUGGAAUAUUUCAGAAAUCCUGCUAGUUUGAACUAAAGAUAGUUUAUUAUAGGACAAAUUAGAAACUCAUGAAAAUAAGCUCAAGUGAAAAGAGCCUGGGUGAUGGUCUGAUGGUCAGGUUUCGGCACCAUGUUUGCUGUACUUGAGCGAGUACUAAAACACACUUCUGUGGAGAGAAGAGAUAGUGUUGUACCAGCUGAUUCUGGAUAAGAAAAUUCUGGCUCUUCUCUUUACAAUGCGUAACUUUAUACUGAGUAACAUUUAAUCAUAAAACUGAGUUAUGCCAGAAACUUCUGCCCCAACAGUUAUUGAUUCUAAAGUAUGUAGUUUGACAACUUGAUUUGUCAUACUCUUUUACAGUGAAGAGUGUUUAGGUUUCUGCUGAACAAUAUCAGAGCUAUAAUCAAUAUUGUUCUCAGCUAAAUGUCUGUAACCUUUGUCUGUGCUGUGGAAAUCCAAUUUAAGCAUGAUCUACCCGCACAUCAAAGUGAUUUUAUUGUGUCUGUGUAUGGUAAAGAAUUUUGGCAUUUAAAAAUAUUGGGAUUUAAGGAGAAUUGUUAGCACAUGUUUAAUCACCUGUGUGUAAUAUUUUCUAUGUAUGCUUCUCCAAAGUGAUGGUUUCUUUAUUGAGUCUGAAUAAUAUAAUAUGCACUUUCAGAGUGUGUUUCAAACAAGAGGCCAGAAAACUUCAAAUGUUUCCCUUGUUAUAAAACUGAUGAAAAGCUGUGCUACAUUCAUUACAUGGAAUAAACACUCUCAUUCCAUUUUCAGUAAAGGGGACAAACAGACAUACAUAAAAAUAGUACUGUAACUUGUUUUCCUGGGUAAUUUGUGAGCAGACUGAAAUAAACAUUUGAUGAAUUAGAAACUAA